AAACUUUGUGAUGCAAAUUUUCUAAUCUUCAAUUCACAUACACAAGCACCAAUAUAAAAUCCACUGAAAUUAAACCCAUGUAAUAAUAAUGGUUAGAGACCCAAAAACAUCAAUGGCUUGGUUAAGAAAUCUCUCCAAAUAUUCUUCCACCAUUGCUAAAUUAUCAUCAUCACCAAAAACAAACACUGACCCAUUUUUCCUUUUACCAUCCUUCACAUUCCUCUCGCACUUUAGCUCCAAUUCCAUUCAACAAAAGCCUUCAAAUUCCAAUACCAAGCAUGUUUUUGAGUAUUCAGGGUUAUUAGAAGCAACAAAGCCCCAUGAGAAGCCACGUGUCGUUGUUCUUGGUUCGGGUUGGGCUGGGUGUAGACUCAUGAAGGGUUUGGACACAACAACAUAUGACAUUGUUUGUGUCUCACCGCGUAACCACAUGGUUUUCACUCCUCUAUUGGCUUCAACAUGUGUUGGAACACUUGAAUUUAGAUCUGUGGCUGAACCCAUUGGAAGGAUCCAACCAGCUCUUUCUAGAGAACCCGGUUCUUAUUUCUUCCUUGCCAAUUGUACUGCCAUUGAUACACAUAACCAUAUGGUUCAAUGUGAGACAGUGACUGAUGGUGAAGAAACAAUAGAUCCCUGGAAGUUUUCAAUCUCAUAUGACAAGCUCGUAAUCGCAUUAGGAUCGAAACCGUCCACUUUCGGAAUCCAAGGAGUCAAAGAAUAUGCGAUUUUCCUGCGCGAGGUUUAUCACGCGCAGGAAAUUCGGCGAAAGCUCCUCCUUAACUUGAUGUUGUCAGAUGUUCCAGGAAUCACGGAAGAAGAAAAACGGAGGCUUUUGCAUUGUGUAGUUGUGGGAGGGGGUCCAACUGGAGUUGAAUUCAGUGGUGAACUCAGUGAUUUCAUCAUGAAAGAUGUUCAACAAAGAUAUGCUCAUGUCAAGGAUUACAUUCGUGUUACUCUAAUUGAGGCAAAUGAAAUAUUGUCUUCAUUCGACGAUCGAUUGAGACGCUAUGCUACGAACCAAUUGACAAAGUCAGGAGUUCGUCUUGUUCGUGGAAUAGUGAAAGAUGUGAAAGCUCAGAAGAUAAUACUGAGUGAUGGCACUGAGGUUCCUUAUGGUUUGUUGGUAUGGUCUACUGGUGUUUCCCCUGCUCCUAUUAUUCAAUCUUUGGAUCUCCCUAAAGAACCUUCUGGAAGGAUUGGUGUUGACGAGUGGCUUCGUGUUCCUUCGGUUCAAGAUGUCUUCUCAAUUGGUGAUUGCUGUGGAUUUCUUGAAACCACAGGUAGACAAACACUCCCUGCAUUGGCACAAGUGGCAGAGAGACAAGGAAAAUAUCUAGCAGAACUAUUAAACAGAAUUGGUAAAGAAGGUGCAGGGCAUGCAAACAGUGCAAAAGAAAUAGAAUUUGGAGAUCCAUUUGUUUAUAAGCACCUUGGAAGCAUGGCAACUAUUGGAAGAUACAAGGCCUUAGUUGAUCUUAGGCAAAGCAAGGAGGGAAAAGGGUUAUCUCUGGCAGGUUUUCUCAGUUUUUUCAUUUGGCGCUCGGCGUAUAUUACACGUGUCAUCAGCUGGAGAAACAGAUUUUAUGUAUUCAUCAACUGGGUGACAACUCUUAUAUUUGGCCGUGACAUAAGCAGAUUAUGAACCCAAAAAAAAAUAAUUAAGGCUCAAGUAUUUUCUCUACAAGUGGACAGCAUGGAACUUACUAGUUGCAUGAUUUUUGUUGCAUGUUCAGUUUUAGCAAGUGGCAUGUAUUGAUGAGGAGCAGGCUUGAGGAAGAAGGCAAUGAAACUUUUGAAUCUUGAAAUUGAUGGAGAUUACUUUACCCAUAAAUUUCUCUCUCAUAGCUUCUCAAUUAAUUAGAAAUCUGGCCAUGUGAGGCCAUUUUGUACAUAUUGACAACCAACAAAUUGAUGUGCAUGUUUAUGAAAUGUAAAAUAAAAUAAUCACAAUAAUAUCAUUUCAUUGUAGUCUUAGUCCAAGACUUUGGCUAGGUGCAAUGUACUCUCUGAAUCUCUGAUUUUUUCAAACGUGUAAUUUCAUUUUAUGAAGUUAUCAAAUGGAGAUGGUACUAAAAAACUC